AUGGCAUCCAUUUAUAUACAUCGCAAAGUUGAUGAAUCAACCAAAAACGGAUCAUCAUCAUCCACCCAUCAUGAAGGAUCAUCAUCUUCAACAACAACAACUUCUACAACGUCCACCCAUACAAACAACACAUCCUCAGAUAAAGAUCCCAAAGAUGUUCUCAAUGAAUUGCUUCAAGAUAUUCCCAAUUCAACCUCAUUCCAUGCUGCAGUUCAGAAAGACAACUUGAGUCGACGAUUCACCGAUAGAGAAUUAUUCAAGAUUUGUCAAUUAACCAAUCUGACUUUCUUGGAUUUGAGUGGUCACUGCAUUCAAUCUCUUCCUCCCAACAUUUCUCAACUCUCCUCUCUUCAAACUCUCAUCAUGAAUAAGAGCGAUCUUGCGACUCUUCCAAAAAACAUUGAACUCCUCGAACAUUCAUUAAUUGAUCUUCAAUUCCGACUCAACUCUUUUAAAGAAUGGCCUUCGCAACUCAACAAGAUGAAUCUCCAAAAACUUGACAUGAGUUUUAAUCGUUUAAAUAGAAUACAAAUUUCAACUACAGGUAUUGCUGGGUUAUUUGGUUUUGACCGCCCACAACAAUUACAAUCGACACUUCGAGAGUUGAAUUUGAGUUACAACUAUCUCACAACCUUUCCACAAGAUUUACUCAAGUUUUCAAAUUUAGAGAGAUUAGAUUUGACGAAAAACGAUUUAGAAACUCUGCCCGAUAUUAGCAAGUUAGCUGACAGCAUGAAAGAGCUUUCAGUCGAGAAUUGUAAUUUUACAGCAUUUCCAGUCACCAUUUGCUCUUUACUCAAUUUACGAGUUUUGAACGUGAGUGGCAACAAAUUCGAAUGGUUUCCUCAGACCCAAGGUCUCAUGUCACAAUUGUGUCAACUGCGGGAGUUGUAUGCAAAUGGAUGUGGACUCCAUGGAUGGGCACAGCUCUUCUGCCAAGCAAAACUUGAAAUUUUACACUUAUCCAAUAAUAGUAUUCGUGGAGUGCCAACUGAAGUACGAACUCUGCAAAUGCUGCAAGAGCUUAUUCUCUCCAAGAAUUAUAUUACACAUAUACCUGAACACUUUAGUGAUUUUGUAAAUUUGGUGUAUCUAGAUUUGAGUGACAACAACAUUGAGGAUGUAGAUCCUGCAUUUGGUAACUUGAAAAAAUUAGAAAUUUUAAAGUUAAAGUCCAAUAGAAUUACAGAGUUACCUCCAGAAAUGUCAGAACUUGAAAGUUUGAUUGAAUUAGAUUUAAGUGAAAACGAUUUGAAAGAUCUCUUUGAUUUCUCUAAAGUGAAAAACUUGGAAAGAUUAGAAGCAACUUAUAACUAUUUGGAAUCAUUUCCUAAAAUUGGAAAUUGCAAAAAGCUCAAACAUUUAGAUCUGACCAUGAAUAGAAUUAGUGGUGAAAUUCCUGACUAUUUCUAUGAAUUGCAUUCUCUCACUUUUUGUAAAUUGAAACAUAACUCUUUUGAAAGCAUUGAUCCAAAAAUCAGCCAAUUAACUUCACUUGAAAUUUUGAAUUUGGACAACAAUGAAAUUAUUUCCAUACCAGAUUCAGUCAUGAACCUAAAAUCUCUAAAACAAUUUUCAAUUAUUAACAAUUAUCAACUCAAUCCGUCCGAACAACUCAAAACAUACAUGCAAAAUAAGAACAUUACAUUUGAAUAUGCGUAUGAAGAACCAAGCAAAAUUAAGGAUUCUCUCUUCCUAAGCUCAGCACCACCUGCAGGAUCACGACGCCUUCUCAAAUCUCUCGGUGUGACUCAUAUUCUAACCGUCGCCAAAGAUAUUCCACCUAGAUACAAGAAUGAUUUUAAAUAUAUGAUUAUUUUUGCAGAUGACACGACAGAAGCCACUCUAAAACCUCACUUUGAAGAAGCAUCAAAAUUCAUACAGGAAGCCAUUUCGACAGGAGGAGCCUGUAUGGUGCAUUGCAUGGCUGGAGUGAGUCGAUCGAGUGCCAUCGUCAUUUCUCACAUUAUGUUGACAGAGAAGAAACGAUUGAACAUUGCCUAUCGAGAGGUCUAUGAAAAGAGAGACAUUAUCAAACCCAACGACAAAUUCUAUCGAGAGUUAAAAUUACUAGAUAAGGAACUCUUUCAACAUGCAGAACCAACUCCUGUGAAAACGAAAAAUCGAGUGGAAUAUUUCGAUGCAAACACAGACGAGAGAAUUUUCAAACGUCCCAAAGAUGAAAAACCAAGCAUUCUGCAUGUACCUUCAAAUUCCGGACUCGUGUCGUAUGGAAAUGGAGAAAAAUCAACCUUUGCGUCACUUUUUAACUUUUCCUCAUUGGCAGGAUCAGAAUCGGAGAGUGGACGAGAACCCAUGAUGAUGAUGAUGUUCAACAAUAAUAAUAAUAAUAAUAACAACAACAAUAGUAAUGGCACAUCAACAUCCACAUCGACCAUGGGAGCUUCAACAAGAGGUGCCAACAAUAAUUCUACCAAUGCAGCAUCAUCAAUGACCAAUGGUGAUUCACACAGUGAGGAAUGA